CACGAGAAUCGACGAAAUGACGCAUUCGUCAUAACUUCAAAGAAAAAAAUGGUAGCAUCGCAAUAGUGGCUAACUUUUCCAACAUUUCCGUGUUAAUUUUUGGGUGUUAGUCCUUCCGAAACGCUUUAAAUAUACGUUCCCCGUCUGCCCCGAAGUCGGAAGGCCUUGAGUGAUAGCUGCAGAGCCAGGAACAAGUGGUACGAGAGAAAUGAGUUUCUUUGGGAAAAUGUUUUCCGGCAAAAAGGGCGACCCGGCGCCAACUCCCAGCGAAGCGAUCCAGAAGCUGCGGGACAUCGAGAAUAUGCUCACCAAGAAGCAGGAAUUCCUGGAGAAGAAGAUCGAAGUCGAACUGGACACAGCCCGGAAGAAUGGAACCAAAAACAAGAGAGCUGCCCUACAGGCCCUGAAACGAAAGAAGCGAUACGAGAAGCAGCUCACGCAGAUCGAUGGCACCCUAUCCACGAUCGAGAUGCAACGGGAAGCUCUGGAGAAUGCCAAUACGAACACAGCCGUUCUGACCACCAUGAAGAAGGCUUCCGACGCCCUGAAGGCAGCCCACAAAGAUAUGAACAUCGACGACGUUCAUGAAAUGAUGGACGACAUUGCGGAGCAGAACGAUAUUGCCAAUGAAAUCUCCAACGCCGUUUCGUCAGCCGUCGGAUUCGGUCAGGACAUCGACGAGGACGAACUCGAGAAAGAACUGGAGGAACUGGAACAGGAAGAGCUGGACAAAGAACUGCUCGGGGUACAGCCGGAAACGGACCAGCUACCGGAAGUACCGAACACCGAUCUACCGACCAAGGCGAAAGACAAGGAGAAGAAAAAGGCAGCAGUCGUGGAAGACGACGACGAUCCCGAUAUGAAGGAGCUCAUGUCCUGGGCUAACUAAACUUAACGUUUUCUGUGUCUUUUCGCUAGCAGCAUCCCACUCCUAAAGAAGCCAGCAGCGUCGCUAGUAGGUACAGGUUAGCUUUCAAAUUCAUAUAUGCACUUAAUACACAACAACAAUAUGUAUAUGAACAACAAGCCGACUUCUUCAAGCAUUGCGAGUCUGCCACUAUGAAAUCGAGAGAAAAAAAAACAAAAUGCUUGAGCAACGGGUUUUUGUAGAGUUGAGAGCGAGCUCGUAAAUUUUUCAGUUCCAAUAUUCGCGUUAUUCCGUCAAAUUGUUCUCUGUCUGUUUCAAUUAGAUAUUAUCUGUCUGUGUUCUGCUUCUAACCGAAAAAAACUAAUCAUGAUUUAGCGCAGAGUUUAUUUUCCUAUCGUUUAUUUAAAGUCUUGAAGUAACCACUAUAAUAGUAAGAGAUUAUCCUCGAUCAUCACCGAGAAAAGAGUCGUGGUCAAACACACACACACACAUGAUGCUAAAUCGGGAUGAGUCCUGUGAAUGUGACAUACCUACAACAAGUUGGGGAAUUUUUGGUUAAAGUAAAACGAAUCAAUACCAAGUUCAUAACUGAGUUUAGUUUGAAAUGUUUUAUAAUUUCAAAUAAUUUAUGAUAUAAAUAAACCAAAACAGUGA